AUGGUUGCCGGUCUUGUGUCUGGAAGACUUGCGCUCGUCACAGGAGCUGGCUCUGGUAUUGGACGUGCUACUUGCCAAGUGUUGUCCAGAGAAGGGGCAACAGUCAUAGCCGCUGAUAAGAAUUACGAUGCUGCCUUGGAAACUAUCAAGAAGCAUAUAGCAUUAGCUAGUGGUGCAAAUGAUAUCGGAGACCACAGUGCCAUGGAGUUAGAUGUAUCAGAUGCAAAGUCAGUGCAGAACAUGUUCCAAGCUAUUAUUGCAGAAUAUAAAACACCACCAAGUAUAGUUGUGAACUCGGCCGGGGUUACUAGAGAUAAUUGGUUACUGAAGCUCUCUGAGGAGGAUUAUGAUACAGUUAUUAAUGUUAAUCUAAAGGGAACUUUUCUUAUAAUGCAAAUAUUUGCGAAGGCAAUGACUGAAGCUGCUGUAACUGGAUCAAUUAUUAACAUAUCAAGUAUAGUUGGGAAAUAUGGCAACAUAGGUCAAACAAACUAUUCAGCCAGCAAAGCUGGUGUGGUUGCCAUGACACAAUCUGCUGCCAAGGAAUUAGGAAAGUUUAAUAUAAGAGUAAAUGCAAUUUUACCUGGAUUUGUAGACACACCAAUUAUUAAAACAGUACCAGAUAAAGUGAAGGCGCAGCUUAUGAAACUUAUUCCUUUAGGAAGACUCGGUGACCCAACAGAAAUUGCUGAGGUUAUAUCAUUCUUAAGUUCAGACAAAAGUUCUUUCAUAACGGGCGCAGCUAUUGACGUCACGGGUGGAUAUUAAAAAAAUAAUAUUAAAAUCCCUGUAAUAAUUAAUAUAAAACAAUUCCAUAACCGAAGGUUGAGGCAGAGUUAAUAGUAUUUUUUCUUAUAUAGUAAUUAGCAAUAUUUAAAUAACUGUUAUAAAAUAACAGCAACACUUAGGUAUAGGGUGGUCGGGUGGGAAAGGGGGAAUUAUAUUUUACAUUUUUCUUAAGGAGUGAACUCCAGUAAUGUUAAACGGUGUAUUUUCAGUAAUUUCCGUGUUCAAAAUAAGACUUGAUUUUUCUUUGAAAAAUUAUAACUAAUUAUAGGCAUUUUGAUAUAUUUUUAUACUGAUUUUUAAAAUAACUUUACACUUUUUGAAAUGUAUUAAAUGAUUUAAAGUAGAAAAA